GUUCACAUGGUUACAUGAGAAACAAAAAGCCAAAACGAAUUUGUUCGAACGGUGUUCAGUUCUGCUAUAACUGGUAUCUACCUGUAUAAAAAGCUAUAAUAACAGAAAAUGAGGGAAAUAGUUCACAUCCAAGCAGGACAAUGCGGGAACCAAGUGGGAGCUAAAUUCUGGGAAGUGAUUUCCGAUGAACACGGAAUAGACCCAUGCGGAAACUACCAUGGAAAUAGCGAUCUGCAACUCGAACGAAUCAAUGUCUACUACAAUGAAGCUACUGGUGGAAAUUUCGUCCCUAGGUGUGUUCUGGUAGAUCUGGAACCAAUGAAUUUAGAUGCUGUGCGAUCCGGACCUUUCGGGCAACUUUUCAGACCUGACAAUUUCAUCUGGUCCAUCGGCGGAGCAGGAAAUAAUUGGGCUAAAGGACACUACACCAAUGGCGCAGAGAUCGUGGAUGCAGUUAUGGAUAUCAUAAGGAAAGAAUGUGAAGGUUGUGAUUGCCUUCAGGGCUUUCAACUAACGCAUUCCCUUGGCGGUGGUACAGGCUCUGGUAUGGGUACCUUGAUUAUGAAUAAAGUGAGGGAGGAGUAUCCAGAUAGAAUGAUAUACACCUACUCUAUUUGCCCAUCGCCAAAGGUAUCUGUAACAUUGGUAGAACCUUACAAUGCUGUGCUAUCUAUCAACCAACUUAUAGAGAAUGCGGAUGAAACUGUUUGCAUCGACAAUGAAGCCUUGUACGAUAUCUGUUUCAGGACUCUGAGACUUACCAUGCCAACUUACGGAGAUUUGAAUCACCUUGUUUCAGUUGCAAUGUCUGGGGUAACCACUUGUUUCAGAUUCCCUGGUCAACUGAACGCUGAUCUAAGGAAACUUGCGGUUAACACUGUUCCUUUCCCAAGGCUUCAUUUCUUCAUGUGCGGCUUUGUACCUUUAACCUCCAGAGGAAGUCAACACUAUCGCGCAUUGACUGUUCCUGAUUUAACCCAACAAAUGUUUGAUGCGAAGAAUAUGAUGGUAGGUUGUGAUCCAAGACAUGGAAGAUACCUCACCGUUGCAACAGUAUUUCGAGGACGUAUGUCCAUGAAAGAAAUCGAUGAACAGAUGAUUAACAUUCAAAAUAAGAACAGCAGCUACUUUGUGGAGUGGAUACCCCACAACGUGAAGACUGCUGUUUGUGAUAUACCUCCAAGAGGUCUGAAAAUAUCUGCUACUUUCAUGGGCAAUACAACUGCGAUCCAGGAAUUAUUUCGAAGGUUAUCCAAGCAAUUUACUUCCAUGUUUAGAAGAAAAGCCUUCUUACAUUGGUACACUGCAGAGGGUAUGGAUGAAAUGGAAUUCACCGAGGCAGAAUCUAACCUCAAUGACCUGAUUACGGAAUAUCAGCAAUACCAAGAAGCGACUGCUGAUGAUGGAGAAUAUGGUGAAGGGGGAGAAGAGGAAGAGGAAGAAUGAGAAUGUUUGCACUCCAAUAAGCUUAAAGUUGAACGUACCAAAGUUCUAAGAAAUUGUUCAGUUUCUGUAUUUCUUUGGUUAUGUUUGCUGAAUCAAUUCGUUCUUGAUUGAUUUUCCGAUAUUUUAUAGAUAAAAUUUUCAAUAAAGUGUUUAUUAUGAA